UGAGCAGGGAAGGCUGGGGGUGGGGGGGAAGCAGCCCUGCCUUUAGAAGCAUCACAAUGAGCUGAGACUGCCUCUAGCUCUAAGCUCCAAGUAGCCCCAGCUGUGCUUGAGUGAGGAGGACAAGAUCCUUGGGAUGGGAGAGAAAUACUCAACGAGGAGGCAACGGGGACCUCUGUGGCCUGCAGAUGACUGAUCCUCAUAUUCCUUGCCUGGAGUCUGAGCCCAGACCCCUCCAAGCCACUGGCUCCAAAUGGACUGAGAGGUCAGGAGAGAAGGUGGAAGGCUAGCAAGCUCAAAAUACUGCAGGACUCCUUUCAGGAAGAGGGCAGAAUCUAAGGCCCCAAGAGGAUAAAAGACUCCAGACUGCCCUUUCACCUCAGUACCAGGGCAUGCCCCAGAGGGAGCUAGUAGGUCAAAGCCACGAGAGCUGAGGGGGCUCAAGACCACCCAAAUUGUCUUCCUGCCUUCUGAAGACUGCACCAGGCCCAAGAGGAUGUCUGAAACGGAGCUGGAGGCCGAAGCGGAGGAUGGGGUAUCCGACACUUCACCCAUGCUGCCUGGGCCCCGCUCCCUCCGCCUGAAAGUCCCCCAUCUUCGCCCAGAACCCCUGGGUCCUGCCGGGCGCUGCCUCUGGGCGCUGAUGCUGGCCACUGCCAAUCUGACACUCCUUCUUCUCCAUCUGCUGCUGCCUCUCGCUGUCUUCUCUGUGGCCCUGCUGCCAUCGGCUGCUGUGGUCUACGUGGGCUUCCACUGUCACUCCAGGGUGCUGCGCUCGGACUCACGGCCCUGCCGGGCCCUGCUGGAUGACCGCAGCUCGUCGGCGCUCAUUGUCCUGGGCUUCCUGACGCUGCCCCCGCUGCUGGUGCUGGCCUCGGCCGCGUACAGUCGCCUGAUCAGCCGCCUGUGCCCGCUGCUGCCGCUACCGCUGCCGCCCCCGCCCUGGGCGGCGGCCUAUGCCCGAAGCUCCUCACCUAAGCCCCCUAGAAGCUGCCUGGACCCCCAGGGCAGGGGGGAGGGGGACCGGCAAGCCCUGGAGUGGGUGUGAUCGAAGAGCCGCAGUAGGAAGUCCCAGAGCCCUCUGGGUUUCUGAAUGCCCACACUGCGGGUGCCCUGGGCACAGGUGCCCCAGCUGCCUACAGAAAGCCAUCUCUCAUUCUCCACUCCCAGAGGCCCCCUCUUCCCAUCUCAGCUCAAACCCUAUGCCCUGUUACUCAGAACUCCAGGGGUCCUGCACCUCCCUGUUCUGAGGGCGGAGUCUAGAACCCCUCUUUUUUGGAAGGGAAGAUGAGUUCAUAAUCCAGGCCUUCUCUUCGCCAGAAGACCCAGGGGCAAACCUUCAGUCUCAAUCCAAAUGUUGUCUGCAGAAAACCCUAGUUUUCUACCACCUCUCCUCAGGGGACCCAAAGCCCCCACUUCCCAGAAAAGUGCCACACUCUUGGGACUCAGGAGGUCCAACAGCCCUUCCAGGAGAGACUCAAUUACUGAUGACCUUGCUCCCAGGUCCCGCAUCAUUUCGUUCCCCACAACCUCAAAGCCACCUCUUCCCCCUUGGGUUUCCCAGACCAUGGCUGCCUGAGCGGACACCCAAAGUUUCUCCAUCCCUGCCCACUCAGCCCCAGAUUCAGCCCUUCCAGCCCAGCUGCCAUCUCUCCCCCCAGAGUUCCUGAUCCCCCGGCAUUUGGUUCAGGAGCCAAGUUUGAGACAUGGGUCCCAUGCCAUGCCGGACCUGGCCCAGAAACGCCAAUGAAGCCUCUUUGUCCUUCAAGAACCCUUCCUGCCACAGCACCCACCCCAGCCUGUUGUCUAUUAUGAGAGCCAAUGAAAUAGAGCCUUGUGUUCUGGGGUGAGGGCAGGGAAUGGCAAGAACUGUACUAGGUGUCUGGGCCUCCCCAAGUUACUGGAUUGGUGGGCAAGGAUGGAGGGAAAGAAGCAGGAUGUAGGUAGUCAUCCUCCCUUGCCUUUCUCCAAAGUCUCCAUCCCAUCCCACGGCCCCAUCUCAAAUACAGAAGGAAGGAUUCAAAUGGGACUUUGCUGAUUCCCCUUCUCCCAACCCCCAGCUCAGGCUCUAGUGCUCACUCUUUCCUCAAAUAGCAUUUUAUGCAUCUCUGAACUAUAAAAUGGAAGCUUCCCAAAGGCAGGGAUUUGAUUGCUUCUUAUCUCAUUAUUCCUGUGAUAUCUACAAACUACUUAGCACAGUGCGUCCUUCCUAGUAAAUUAGGGGGAAAGGGAAAAGGCAAAAAGCAUUUAUCUAAUGCUAUGUACCACAUACUCUGGGGUGUCUGGGUAUUCCAGGAGGACUAGCUCCUCCCAUGUGAGGGAUGGCUGAGCACUUUUCAAGGCUGCUCAUCCAUCUUUGGGGUCCCCGUCAUUCCCCCAAUUCUCUCCCAAAGCUCCAAGAUAAGCUGUCUUGGCCCAUGAACUGAACCAAGUUGAGAGUAACCAAUGGGUUACAAAACCAUCAGUGAGUUAAGGGAAUGUCUAUCCCAAGCAUGUGAAGACUUCCCUUGUCAGACUGGGUGAAUGAGAACAAUUUGUUCCAAAAGCAGCUGAGGCAGGCUCCGUGGAGUACUUAGAGCUUGGUCAGAGAGAGAAGGCGAGGUCAUCCACCGAAAGGCUGGGCCAUCGGCAGACAUCUUGACUUUUGUCUUACCCAUGAAUUUCUUUCUUUUCUUUUCUUUUUUUAACUGAAGUUCUUUAUUUUCA